AUGUCCGACCCGAUCCGACAAGAUGCCGUUGACGGCCCCUCGCCGGCCUCCACCGAGGACCCUGUCUCGGCCAAGGAGACGUCACCGGUCGCAACAUCACGAAAGUUGCCCGGAUGGCUGGACCAUUUCAAUGCGCGCGAUUUAAAAGUCCUAUUCCGAUGCACUGUGGCCGCUUGGGUUGCAUCUCUACUGAUCUUCAUCACUUCGUCUCUGAAAACUAUCGGGACCGCAACUUUUUUCGCUACACUCGUUCUUUUCAUGGUUCCUCCGUCAGGAAUCGUCUUCAUCUUUAUUUUGGGAGCUUUCACCCUCAUUCUCGGCAUGGCGCUCGGCUGGGCCUGGGGUGUCAUCGCAAUGAAAGCUGCUUUGGCUGCGCGUCCGGCUGCUGAGACUAAUGCUCAGCUACAGGCCCUAGGCCAAGAGGCUUAUUCUAUAUCUAAUUCAACUGGUCAACCUCUUGCAUCUGUACAGCAGGUCCUGGUUUACGAAGGCUGGAUGUUGGACGUCCGCGUGUCGGCACGCCUGCGAGCUCAAAAUCCCAAAUUUGUCUUGCUCCAGAUCUUUGGAACAAUUAGCAUGGAUGUCUUCUUGACCGUCGGACCAUUGCUUCCAUCAUUCACCGGUACUAUUCCUAAAGUUCUGGUUGAGCCCGCUGCCAUUGGAAUUGGGAUUGGCUUGGCUUCAUCGAUUCUGUUAUUCCCCAAGUCCACUUCUGCUGCUGUCCUGGAUGACAUGGAAGGCAUCGUGAGGUUACUCAAGGGCCCUACGGAUGUUACUUAUUCCAGUUUAUUUGAGGGUGACCCCCUGGAUUUGAAAGGCCUGCAAAAGCUAAAGAUGAAAACCAUAGGUGCUUAUAAGAAGAUGGAGCCCUCGCUGGGCUUCCUGCAACUUGACUUCUCUGUUGGCCGCUGGAACGCGGAUGAUGUGAAGAGCCUGAAGGAGCCAUUGCGACAGGCCUUGUUAUCUAGUCUCGCGCUAUUGGAAAUGCAUAUUGCUCGCUUGGGAGGGAAAGCAAAGGUUGAAAAGCUAAAUUCCCUCACGCUAGACCGUCCAUGGUCGGCGGAAUCGGAGAAGAGCGACAAGCAGCGGCCUCGAGAGAUCGGUAUGCGCCAGCUCAUGGAAAAUGUGAAUUUGAUCAAGAUCCUACGAAGCCCAGAGCACGAAUCUCUGCGAAUGGAUAUGCUCGACGCGGUUCGACCUCCAACCAAGAAGAUUCUACCCAUUUGCCAGGAAGCUAGCAAUGUUAUAGCGGAUUGCAUUCAUGCCGUCAAUUCUGCACGCUGGUUUGGAAAGCCUUCACAGCAACGCAUGGACGAGCUCCGUGAGCGCAGCGCCUCCGUACUGGAGACAUUGCAAGGACUCCGAUCAACAUUUGCCUCCGAGACUACUGAACGACUCCUGGAUACAUAUGCGGAAAUAUUCGGCGAAGAUGGCUGCCUGAAAGACACCAACGAUGAAACUAUGCGCAAAGGCCAGGGUAUCAUGAUGGGGAUGGGAUUUGAAGAACAGAUCCUAAGCAUGAUCGACGGCUGGGAAAAGGUGCUCGCGCAGCUCGUGGCGUUGAUGAAAGAGCGCCAAAAGGUCCGUCUUUGGCUCCCACGCGGCCUGCGCUAUGCAGUCAACUGGGUCUUCCACAAGAAAGCCGUCGCCCCUGUUCAAGCUGCGCAAUCGCCUUUUCCCGAUCCCGACGUCGUUGAAGCGCAGAUCAAUGCCGCCCAACAGAGUCUGCGUAUCAGUCGAGGUUACAAGGUCAAACAACGCAGUGGACUUGGAAAGGCUAUACUGGGAACCUACCAUUGGCUUAUUUGCCCUGAGGGUAUGUACGCGCUGCGUAUGGUGGUUGUAACUAUCGCUUGUGGAGUCCCUGCCGUGAUUCCCAGCAGCGCAGGCUUCUACUAUCGUGAGAAGGGCCUAUGGGCACUCAUCAUGGCUCAGACCAGUGUCGUGAUUUACAUGUCUGAUUUCUCACUCUCGUUUGUGUCCCGUGCCAUCGGAACUGUUGUUGGUGGUCUCGCGGGCUUGGUCGCAUGGUAUAUCGGCUCGGGUAUUGGAGAUGGAAACCCCUACGGCCUAGCUGCGGUGAUGGCUGUUGUGCUUACACUGCUAAUGUGGGGACGUUUGUUUGCGCCGCUGGUCUUGUUGCAGGCGACCAUGAUGUGCGGAGCGACUUGCAUCCUGGUCGUUGGCUACAGCUACGACGAUACACACAUUCCUUCCUACGGUAAUCCUGGCUGGGGAUACAACGUUUUCUGGAGACGACUUGUACUCGUGUUGGUGGGAGCUACCGCCGCUCUGAUCGUACAGAUCUUCCCGCGGCCACCCUCUGCAGCACGUCACAUCUGCAAGUCACUCUCCAAUGCGCUCCGGUCCCUGUCCGAUCAUUAUGCCUUGCUGCUCUCGUGCUGGGGCCAGCCCGACCGCGAAGAGGGACUCGUCGCCGAGCAAAUGGCCCUGGACCUUGCCCAGACCCUCACAUCUCUUGAUGGGCCCGUUGCCCUGCUACGCUUGGAAUUCUCUAGCUCGCACUUUGACAGCGAGUGCCUAGCUCAAGUCAAAUCACUGUGUCAAGAAAUGAAUCAGCACAUCGGUCGCUUAUUAUUCCUCUCAUCAUCUUUACCGGAGCAAUUUCAAACACGACUUGCCCACCACGCUGGUCUCCUCGACCACCGCAAUGUCGGCGAUAUUAUGGCUGUUCUUGGUGUGGUCGAGCAAGCUCUGAAGACCGGAGAUCCCCUUCCCGAAGUUCUUCCCACUCCAUUGUUGAAGCGUUGCUUCGAGUUUUGGAAAGCUCAUCAGGUUGAGAUUGCAUUGAGCAAGGAUCUGAUCCGGGAUGAAAACUAUCGCCGGUUCUGCGUGGCAGUCAGUUCUUACCUCAAGUUCCUGGGUGCGGUGGAUGAUCUGGUGCUGGUGAUGAAGGGCACCCUUGGCGAGUCACACAUCGUCAGUCGAGAGCUGCUGCAUGAUCUUGCUGUAUAA